AUGGCCUCACCUAACACCAGUCCCCGCUACAAGAAGAUGAUGCCCGCAUUCCUGGCGAAGUAUGGCUACCUCGGUGAACAGAUCCCCAAAGCUCCCGGCUCCACCUCCGCUCAGCUCAGCAAUGCCAUCAGGGAGUUCCAGUGGGUGUCCCAGCUGCCUGUCAGUGGCGUGCUGGACCGUGCCACCCUGCGCCAGAUGAUGCAGCCCCGUUGUGGGGUGACGGAUGCUGACAGCCAUGCAGCCUGGGCCGAGAGGGUCAGUGCCCUGCUUGCUGGACGCUGGGCCAAAAGGAGGCGAAGGAAACGCUUUGUAAAGCAAGGCAGCAAGUGGUACAAGCAGCACCUCUCCUACCGACUGAUGAACUGGCCUGAGCACCUGCCCGAGCCAGCAGUUCGGGGGGCCGUAAGAGCCGCCUUCCAGCUGUGGAGCAACAUCUCGGCGCUGGAAUUCUGGGAGGCCCCGGCCACCGCCCCGGCCGACAUCCGCCUCACCUUCUUCCAAGGGGACCACAACGACGGGCUGAGCAACGCCUUCGACGGCCCAGGGGGUGCCCUGGCGCACGCCUUCCUGCCGCGCCGAGGAGAAGCGCACUUCGACCUGGACGAGCGCUGGUCCCUGAGCCGCAGCCGCGGGCGCAACCUGUUCGUGGUGCUGGCGCACGAGAUCGGCCACACGCUCGGCCUGCCCCACUCCCCCGCGCCGCGCGCGCUCAUGGCGCCCUACUACAAGAGACUGGGCCGGGACGCGCUGCUCAGCUGGGACGACGUGCUGGCUGUGCAGAACCUGUACGGGAAGCCCCUGCGAGGCUCCGUGACUGCCCAGCUCCCGGGGAAGAAGUUCACUGACUUUGAGGCCUGGGACCCUCGCAGUUCCCAGGGCAGGCGCCCUGACACCCAGGGCCCUAAGUACUGCCACUCUUCCUUCGAUGCCAUCACUGUAGACGGGCAGCAGCGACUGUACAUUUUUAAAGGGAGCCACUUCUGGGAGGUGUCUGCCGAUGGGAACGUCUCUGAGCCCCGCCCACUGCAGGAAAGAUGGGCUGGGCUGCCCCCCCAUAUUGAAGCUGCCGCAGUCUCAUUGGAGAAUGGAGACUUCUACUUCUUUAAAGGUAGUCGAUGCUGGAGGUACCGGGGUUCCAAGCCAAUGUGGGGCUUCCCGCAGUCGUGCCGGGCAGGGGGCCUGCCCCGCCACCCCAACGCUGCGCUCUUCUUCCCUCCCCUGCGCCGCCUCGUCCUCUUCAAGGGUGCGCGCUACUACGUGCUGGCGCGGGAGAAGAUGCAAGUGGAGCCCUACUAUCCCCGAGGCCUCCAGGACUGGGGCGGCGCCCCCGAGGAGCUCAGUGGCGCCCUGCCGAGGCCGGACGAUGGCUCCAUCUUCUUCUUCCGCGACGACCGCUACUGGCGCGUCGACCAGGCCAAGCUCCGGACCACCACCUCGGGGCGCUGGGCCGCAGAGUUACCCUGGAUGGGAUGCUGGCAUGCCAACUCGGGGGGCGCCCUGUUCUGAUGGCGCCACCGCGUGCUAAGCCAACAGGAUUCUUCUGCCGCAAGGGCGGGACCUUCCUUGGAAGCUUGCGAGCCCGGAAAACCUCCUCCAGGAAGCCUGUCUGCCUUUGUUCCCUAGAGGAAGUGGCCUUUUCGCUGUGCUCUUCGCACCACAUGGACGUGGAGUGGGGGUCAGUCCCAGAGUGCUUUUCCUCCAGGACCCCUUUCCGCCCACGCCUUUGGGGAUUUUAUUCCAGACCCGCCCACCAGGGGCAGCACUGCGACUUAACCAGGGAGAAUGCAACUUUGUAUACCGAAGCUGGGGACCCUGUUGCAAAACCCCCAGGGACUCCCCUGCCUUAUUUCUUAAGGAACUGUCUUAUUUAAAUCGGGGGGUGGGGACGCCCGAAAGAAGCAUGAAUGGGCCAGAAGCACGGGUCUCCAGCCUCAGAGACUGAAGGGGCCAGGCCCAUGAAGCUUCGGGUUUCAGCUUUUUGGGGAGUGAAAUAAAGAGCCCCCCUAUCCAGCCCCCGCUGGUGGGCUCGAGGCGGAACCCGCUUUC